UUGUUUACAAUAUUUUGUAUCUUUUUUGCCUACACAUUUCUUAUUACUCGUACCAUCUAUUUUCAAAGAAAAAUGGAAUAUUUUAAGAUUUUGGAAGUAGCAAGCAAAACAAACGAAAAAUAACGGAAUGGAAUAAGUCGAACUACUUUGAUAUAUAGAUAGACAACUACUUUGACAUAUAUAUACCUUGGUUGACAUGCUUUACUCCUUUUGCAAACAAACCCAAAGCUUUUUGUUAAGCAAAUUAAACCAAUUUCAACCAUUGAUGCAAAAUUGGUCGUGUAAACGCAGCUGUUGUGUCAGUUUCAAUAUUAAUUACAUACAAUAAACAUUAAUAUUAACAACCGUCACUCAAAGCUACCAAAUUAAAGGGGUGUAUUACCUUGAUGUUAGCCUUAUUAUAAGAAAAGUGUAAAUUUUAAUUGAAGUUUUAUAAUACAAUUAUUAAUGUGGAUUUACAAUGAAUGUAGUAACGGCUGUUAAAUUGUAUAUUGAAAAAAUAACAAAUGAAUCUGGCCCGGGUAUGAAAAUUAUUCUAAUGGACAAAGAAACGACUAGUGUUAUAUCAAUGGCAUUGAGCCAAUCGGAUAUGCUUAAGAAAGAGGUUUACCUUUUUGAGAGGAUAGAUUCUGGUAGAUCAAAUGAAAGACUAAAAUAUUUAAAAUGUAUAGUUUUCAUAAGACCUACAAAACAAAACUUAGCCUUGUUGGCAGAAGAAUUACGCAGUCCAAAAUAUGGAGCGUAUUAUAUUUAUUUCAGCAACAUCAUUCCUCGAACUGAUAUAAAAAUGUUGGCAGAAUGUGACGAAAGUGAAUCAGUGCGUGAAAUAAAAGAAAUAUAUGUUGAUUACUUGUGCGUUAAUCAAAACUUAUUUUCACUAAACAUUCCAUUUUGCAUGUCACAUUUAGCUUGGUUACCCGAAGCUCUUACAAGAACAUUGCAAGGCAUCACAUCAAUCUUACUAUCUUUGAAAUUUCAACCUGUUAUUAGAUACCGCGCUGGAAGUGUGCCUGCUCAGACCUUAGCCAAACAAAUUUAUGAUCAAAUUACUAAAGAGUCUACACUAUUUGACUUUAAUGCAUAUGAUAAUAACGGGGUCCCCCCACCCCUGCUUCUUAUUUUAGAUAGAAGAGAUGAUCCAGUGACACCUUUGUUGCAUCAAUGGACUUAUCAAGCUAUGGUUCAUGAAUUGUUGUCGAUAAAUAACAAUCGUGUUGAUUUAUCGGAAGUUGUAGGAAUACCAAAAGAUUUAAAAGAAGUAGUUCUAUCGGCAGAACAGGAUGAUUUUUACGCAGCAAACAUGUAUUCAAAUUUUGGUGAAAUUGGUUCAAAAAUAAAAAGUUUGAUGGAAGAAUUUCAAAAAAAGGCUAAAGACCAACGAAAAGUGGAAAGCAUAGCCGAUAUGAAAAAUUUUGUUGAAACGUAUCCUCAAUUUAGAAAGAUGUCUGGCACAGUUACUAAACAUGUAUGCGUCGUAGGUGAAUUAUCAAAUUUGACGGCAAAAAGAAUGUUGUUUGAUAUUAGCGAGCUGGAACAGGAAAUGGCUUGUAAAGGAGAUCACUCAGCUCAAUUGCAACGAGUGAAAAAAUUAGUAGCUGAUGAAAAAAUUUCACUUGACGAUGCAUUGAAAUUAAUUUGUCUCUAUGCCCUAAGAUACGAAAGACAUGCAAAUUGUGAUACUCUAAGUUUGCUUCAGACAUUGAAAAACAGAGGUGGAAAAGCAUUUGUUGUACCUAGACUUUUGGAGUAUGCUGGCCAGCAUGCUCGACAAGGAGAACUUUUUAAUUUAGUAAGGAUUGCUGACGCAGUUAAGCUCACGAGGAAUUUAAUAAAGGGAUUGAAAGGAAUUGAAAACGUCUUUACUCAGCAUACUUGUUUGUUAAAAGAAAUUCUUGAGGAAGUAUUUAAAGGAAGAGAUUUGGAUCCUAUGUACCCUAAUAUAAGCUCCGAUGUUCCUUCUUUUAGGAGACCUCCGCAACAAGUUAUUUGUUUCAUAAUUGGUGGAGCCUCAUAUGAAGAAGCCCUUGCUGUUCAUCAAAUGAACAAUGCUGGUUAUAAAGUUAUAUUGGGUGCAACAACAAUUCACAAUUCUGAGAGUUUUAUUAAAGAAGUUUUGCAAGCAACAUCCGGUAUAAAUUUUAAACAUACAAAACCUUUAGAAAAAUUUCAUAUGUUUGAAGGGAUUUGAAUUAAAAAUGCACCAGGAAAUUUUUUUAUAAAUUUAAACAAAACUCUUGAACAAUGUCCUUUACAAUUAUGAAACAUUUCGUCGUAACUAUAAAUUGAAGUUACAAAUAAAUGCGUGUGCAUUGCUCAAAUCAAAACGCUACCUUUAUGACAAUAUUUUUUCAAUGUUUAAACAUUAUUAAAUAAAUGAAGUAAUACAGGGCGGUUCACGUAAGGUUGCAAAUAAGAAAAUAACAUAUAAAUAAAUGCUUAUAACUUCGGCACCAUACAAUAUAGAGUUUAUCAUUGGGAGCUUGUUUUACAGAUGAUUCAUUGCUCUUUAUUUUUUUUCCUACAAUUAAUUUGAUUUGAGCCAUUGUUUUUGAGAUAUAGCUCGCCAAAACAUGGUUCUAAAGUUAAGUAUUUAAUAUAUAUGGAGAAAAAAUUCGGUAUCUUUUUUUUUUUCAAAAGGCUGUAGCUCGAAAACGAGUAUAUCUGCAUUUCUCCCCUUUUCAUUAUUUGCCACAUGGUGGGAAACGCCCUGAAUAGAUAAUUCACGUAGAACAAAAGUCUUCAAAGCAUUUUUUUUUAUUGCUUAAGUAAUAGUCAUGUGUCGUUUGCGAACGAACUAAUCUUAAAGAACGAGUCACUUCAUUGAACUUAGCUUAUUAGUUCACUUCUUCAAAAGUGAAAGGAUUCACUAGAAUUCGCUCGUUCACUAGAAUUCCAAUUUUCUUUUUUAGGUAUUAAAAAUGACUGUGCGUGACUUCAAUAAUGCUGUAUAAAAAGUUUACAUGACUUCAAUAAUGCGCUUCCGACGUAAAGUUCACAAUGUUUCCAAAAAGUUUUGAAUAGUUUUUUUUACAAUAUAAAGGUAUUGAAAGCUCUGAGACGGUAAUACAACCUUUUUAAUACCGUACUUAAAUCUUUUUUAAGGCAUUAUUGAAGUCACGGUUUAGGUACGGUAUUAAUAUAUUUACACUGUAAAAAAAAUUACCAAAGCUUUUCGUACAUACAUUUUGGAAUACAAUUUUUACCAUAUCAAUACAACUUUGACGUUUAUUUGAAAAUUUCAAUUUAAAGUUCUGUGCAAAUGUUCAUUUCUAUAAAACGUUACCACAUCAUUAAAAACGUAGCAUUUUUAUGCUGCAUUUUAAGAAAAAAAACUUGAUAACUAGUACUUUAUUGCUGAAAAUAUAUGCUAGUUUUUUUUAUUGGUUAUUUCUGGCAACAUUUAUAUGAUAAGGUAUAAGAAAAGCGUGCUCGAUUAUUUCGAUACCUGAUUUACUUUUAUUUUAGGUCUCCACUACAUACAAAACGCAUUUACGAAAAGUGUCCAAUGUCAACUUGUCCAAGCUUUUGCUAAACUUUUUGGAAUUUGAUAUUUUGUAAAAUUUACGUCGUAAGGGCAUUAUUCACGGUAUGUCAUUUCCUUCCGUUAGUUUUCUUUUGCAUUUUGCUUCCAAAUUCUUAAAAUAUUUCAUUGUUAUUUAGAAAUAGAUGGUAAUAAUAGUUGUUUGUCAAGAAAGAAAUAUUGUAAACAAACGAGUGCAUCAAAAACAAUCAACUGAAAUAAAAUAAAAUUAAGUUAGG